GUGACGGGUGUCCCGGACGCUUGUGGUGGCGGGGUAGGGGGUGGCGGCGGGACCCGGCCGCGGUGCCACCAUGGCGGUACGACAGGCGCUGGGCCGGGGCCUACAGCUUGGUCGAGCGCUGCUGCUGCGCUUCACCGCAAUUUUUACCCAGAAAAACAAGCUGGCGCCUGACCCAUUGGACACUCGACGCUGGCAGGGCUUCCGGCUGGAGGAGUAUCUGAUAGGGCAGUCCAUUGGCAAGGGCUGCAGUGCUGCUGUGUAUGAGGCCACCAUGCCUGCGCUGCCCCAGAACCUGAGUGGGGCGAAGAGCACUGGUCUCCUUCCGAGGUCAGACCCAGACGUCAUUCCAUCCGGAGACGGGGAGGAGCGAGCUCCAGGGGCCCCUGCCUUUCCCUUAGCCAUCAAGAUGAUGUGGAACAUCUCGGCAGGCUCUUCCAGUGAAGCCAUCUUUAGCACCAUGAGCCAGGAGCUAGUUCCAGCUAGCCGAGUGGCCUUGGCCGGGGAGUUUGGAGCAGUCACUUACAGAAAAUCCAAGGGAGGUCCCAAGCAACUAGCCCCUCAUCCCAACAUCAUCCGGGUUUUCCGCGCCUUCACCUCAUCGGUGCCGUUGCUGCCAGGGGCUCUGGUCGACUACCCUGACGUGCUGCCGCCCCGCCUCCACCCCGAGGGCCUGGGCCAUGGACGGACACUGUUCCUUGUGAUGAAGAACUACCCCUGCACCCUGCGCCAGUACCUCCGCACGAACACGCCCGGCCCCCGGCUCGCCACGGUGAUGACCUUGCAGUUACUGGAAGGUGUGGACCACCUGGUCCAACAGGGGAUUGCACAUAGAGACUUAAAAUCCGACAACAUUCUCGUGGAGCUGGACGCAGACGGCUGCCCCUGGCUGGUGAUCGCAGAUUUCGGCUGCUGCCUGGCUGACGAGCACAUCGGCCUGCAGCUGCCCUUCACCAGCUGGUACGUGGAUCGAGGCGGGGAAGGGCGGCCGGCGGGUCCCACAGUUUCUACGGCCCGUCCUGGCCCCAGGACAGUGAUCGACUACAGCAAGGCAGAUGCCUGGGCAGUGGGAGCAAUCGCCUACGAAAUCUUCGGGCUCGCCAAUCCUUUCUACGGCCAGGGCAGCGCCCACCUUGAGAGCCGCAGUUACCAGGAGGCUCAGCUCCCUGCGCUGCCCGAGUCUGUGCCACCAGAUGCCAGACAGCUGGUGAGGUCACUGCUCCAGCGAGAGGCCAGCAAGAGACCAUCUGCCCGAGUAGCUGCCAACGUGCUUCAUUUAAGCCUCUGGGGCGAACACAUCCUGGCCCUGAAGAACCUGAAAUUAGACAAGAUGGUUGGCUGGCUCCUCCAGCAAUCUGCUGUCACUCUGCUGGCCGACAGGCUCACGGAGAAGAGCUGUGUGGAAACAAAACUGAAGAUGCUGUUUCUGGCCAACCUGGAGUGGGAAGAGCUCUGCCAGGCUGCCCUCCUCCUCUGCUCCUGGAGGGCUGCAGCCCCAGGAGCUCCGCGUGUGGCCGACGGCCACUGAAGAGCUCAGCAGCAUGGAUGUGGUGAAGGUCUGUGAACGUGGGACAGUCCUAGGUGUGCAAGGGUGGGAGUCAGGGGACGAGGCGGCACAGAGAGGGACUCGCGUGUGGUGGAGGCAGGAACUGGAGUGGGAGUUCGUCUGUAGCUGUUAACUCUGGCAAGUGAUUUUGAACAAAUCCUAUCACCUGUGUGGACUUCAGUUCUCUGACCCAUAAAAUGAAGAAAUUGGUCUAAAUUUCUGAGGGCCAGAUAAUAAAAUACCUUGAAGUUGCUGCAACUAUUCAACUCUGUCACUGUAGCACACAAAUCCAUACACAUGGCCGAGUUCUAAUAAAGCAUUAUUUACAGACAUCAAAAUUU